AUGUUGUGUCCUGAUGUUGAAGGAACAGUGACAGUAUCAGGGUGGGGAGAUGUCGGCGUGCCCAAUCAACAGCCUCUGACUCUCCAAUGUAACUACACUCUGAGUCCCGGGGAGAAUGUGACAGAGUUCCGCUGGAGCAGAGUGGAGGGUGGCAAAACUGUGGACAUAGUCAGGGGCACAGUGGAUCCACCUACAGCUACAUUCAUCGACUCCUGGAAGAACAAGGGAUGGUUUGCUGGUGACUACACAUCCUCUCUGGGCAUCGUACUGGAAGCUAUUCAUGUGACAUCCAGUUAUGCAGGGACAUACAGGUGUACUGUGCGUGGGAUGUCCGGUGCUGCUGCUGAUGUGGAUGUUGCUGCUUCCAUACUGACUCUUGCACCAGAUGAUGUGCGCCUCCUCAUGGGUGAUGUGGUGACCUUGACCUGCAGUGUGACCUCUGAUACAUCAAAUGCAUCUAACAUGUAUUUCACAAAGAGACAUCAAAAUGAUAACACCACACUUCAUAAGUGGAACAUGUGCCAUAACAUACCUAGGAAGACGAGAUACAUGCAGAAACCAGUCAGCAGUCAGCAUGUAAAAGUAAUCAACUCUACGACCAUUCAACUUCAGUACAAGACCAAGGUAUGA